GCUUUUCUCCAACGAUCAGGGCCACCAGUUUGCAGACCAUUCAGCAGUCCGUGUGUACAAAGUUUGCAAGCUGACAACAGUAGAGGUGAAUGGAGUGCAAAGUCUUUUUCAACUUUUUGACUGGCCAAUCAGAGAGCCCGUUUGUGAGUGAGCAUUGUCAUGAACAUACAGAUACACAUUACCAAACAGGGAACGUUUUUAGCUGAAAGACACCAAUUUACGCACGAACUAUAGCAGCGGAAGGGUUCAACGCUGUUGUCGGAGAAAAACAGGCUGUUGUUUUUUUAGUUGAAAAAGUUACUGAUUGAGUUAACCGAUCUGUAUAUUUCGUUGCCAUGGAAACUGCCAUUCUUAAGGCAAAGGAUGGGGAUGGUGUCAUCGUGAUGGAGGGGCAGAAUGGAGACCUGGGGAUUCAGGGAGAAGCUAGAAGAAGAGCUGACCGCAUCUUAAGUAAGCUGACGAGUCGGAUGAUGUACAAACUCAGUGACAGACCACCUUGGUCUUCAACAUUAGUACUCGCAUUCCAACAUUUUAUUUUAAUGUUUGGUGGAUGUGUCGCUUUGCCAUUCAUUCUGGGGCCCAUUCUCUGCAUCGAAGGGAACAUCACCCUUCUCUCCAAAUUCUUCGCCACCAUUUGCUUCUUGUCUGGACUUCAGACAUUCAUCAUGACGACCAUUGGUGUACGACUCCCCAUAGUGCAAGGGCCUCAUUAUGUAUUCAUCCUCCCCAUUAUUUCUAUGAUGAGAGUGCGAGGACCUUGUCCAGCUCAAAGCGCCAACUCAACAAAUACCGAGGACAACCCCGAAUUCUAUAGCCGUAUGCAAGAGGUUCAAGGGGCAAUGAUGGUGUCUUCUCUCUGUGAGAUGGCACUCGGUGUUUUUGGAGUCAUCAGUUUCCUAAUGAAAUUCAUCGGACCGUUAACCAUCGCGACUACGAUUACGACACUCAUCCUCAGUCUCGCUUACAUCAUAACAGAUAAGUGCGGAGUCCACUGGGGUGUCGCGGCUUUCACGAUAGUGGUAAUCGUGCUCUGUUCCCAGUACAUCGACCGCUACAAUGUUCCCUGUCCUGGAUAUAGCAAAGCCAAAGGAUGUCACCUCUUUAGAUAUCCAGCAUUCCGCCUGUUCCCAGUCUUUUUUGCUACUACUCUUGGUUGGAUACUCUGUUAUAUCCUAACCGUCACCGAUGCUAUUCCUAAUGAUCCCAACUCACCAAGCUUCCUGGCUCGUACCGAUGCGUAUGGUGACGGAGUGGCGAGGACCCAAUGGUUUUAUUUCCCUUAUCCAGGACAAUGGGGAAUGCCCACUGUUUCCGCAGGGGGUGUGUUCGGGAUGUGCGCUGCCGGUAUUACCUCUGUUGUCCAGUCCAUAGGGGACUACUACAUAUGUGCCAGACUAUCAGGUGCUCCUAGCCCACCGGAUCAUGCUUUGAAUAGAGGAAUUGGUAUUGAAGGCCUCGGUGGUUUCCUCGCCGGUAUCUGGGGCGCUGGUGUUCCUACAACGUCCUAUCCAAGUAACAUAAGCGUGAUUGGAUUAACAAAGGUGAGCAGCCUUUUGGUUAUUCAGGUGAUGUGCAUUUUCCUGGUAGGAUUUGGAAUCUUUCUCAAGAUAGGAGCAGCAAUUUCAACCAUUCCCGAGCCUGUCAUAGGUGGAAUCGUUGCAAUACUUUUAGGACUGGUUCUAUCAGCGGGCAUGUCUAAUCUCCAAUUCGUUGACAUGAACUCUCCACGAAAUCUCUUUAUUGUUGGAUUUUCCAUUACACUUGGAAUAUGCCUCAGUGACUAUUUGGCGAAAUAUCCGGAUGCUAUUCAAACAGGUUCGGCGACAGCUGAUCAAAUUAUUUCCGUUCUUCUCGGGACUAGCGUGUUCGUUACGAGUGUGACUUGUUUCUUCUUUGAUAACACAAUUCGAGGUACCCCUGCUGAACGCGGUAUGGGGGCGAUGAUACAAGCGGGCGGCGAUGACGACGAUGAUGAUAUUGAUGACGACGAGCUCAAGAAAGAAGUGUCUCGGCUCGUCAGAGAAGGUUAUGAUUUCCCUUAUGGAAUGUCCCUCAUCAGAGCCUGUAAAUAUACAUCGAAGAUUCCCUUUUGUCCGACGUAUACACCAACAGAAUGCAGCUGCAUACCAAAGUUUCGUUUUUGGAAGAGGAAAUCGAAGAAAUAUGACGAAAUCAAAUCCCUGGAAGUCGAAGCCCUGGAAAGACUGGAGACGACAGUGUGACAUCACAGUCAUCCAUUUCAAUAAUAACUGGUUUAAAAUAAUUUCAAAUUGCCCAGGUUCAUCAGAUUGUUAUAAUAAGAAACAUUCCUAGCGCAAAGAUUUGUUUAUAUAAUCAUCACUUGGAACAUUUCGAUUUUGACGUGCACGAGCAAAAGCUCUUUGAUAAUAGUUUGCUAUGUUUUGAUGGCAUACCAGGUCGGUGGAGUGGAUCACCAUCUCGUCACGAGCAAAUGAUUAUUCGUCGAUGUAAAAAAAAAAAUGGACAUACCAACAACGCGUUCUUUUGAGGCCAACCGAAACGCCUAAAAGUACUCCUAAAGGUCAAGCGGGCACAAAGUUCCUUACUUUGUCCUCUUCAUGUGCGUGUCGUUUCUCAAGUGUUGGUAUGGCUUCAUGUAUUGCUAAUUUCAUUUCAAUUCAAUUUCAAUUUAUUUGGCAAAAAACACAAUUAAAAAGUUACAAAGUAAAAAAAACACCCAGAUACAUAUGAAUGACAUGGACGCAGUCAUCCGCAGGGUCGUAAAUAAACGUAACUCUUCGUAAUUGAUCAGAAGUGAGACGCAGAUUUACGGCGCCACCCUUCGAAAUUGUGAAAUGUUUAAAAUUUCGCAGAGAGUCGCCACGGAUGCUGACUUCCGCAAGUCAGAGUAAAUGAACGUAAACAUUCGUAAAUAUCCAGAGCUUGGACGCAGAUAAUCCAUAAAAAUUUACUCGUAUCCAAACACUUUCGUCCGUUUGAAAUUGAAUUGAAAUUGAAUUGUUUACGGACAGGUACAGAUGCCGCGGACAAUCACGUCCAUUUACAGAAGGGAGCCCCUAACCACCCGUUCUGCCUUCCCCUUGCCCUACCACCUCGCUUCUUGGGGAAAUUUUUAAAUUCAAGAUCAAAUUCAUUUUAUUCAUAUCCAUUGAAAACAUGAACAAUAAAGAAAAACAAUCAUUACAAGAAAAAUCAGUACAAUUACUUCAGAAAAGGGUAAAACCAAAUAUGCAGUGAAUGUAGGUGACUGGCAUAGGCCAGAGACCUAUCGAUGUCAAGUUCUGCGCAUUAACAGUUCAAGAUUGGAAUAAUAUAAUGAUAACAAACUGGUAGGCCUACUCUAUCGUCACGAUAGAGAUGGACACAUUUCAAUUUCUGUUGUCCAAAUCGAACUCGGAGAUAAAAGUCAUUAAUGUUUCGUGUUGAGUAUUUAUAUUACCAUUAAGAGGUUAAAUGUUGAAAGUAUCUAUACAGUAUAUAGGGUCCCUUUGGAUUAACACACAAAAAAGUAAGAAUAUAGUGAUGUAAAAUCAUAAAUACUCGAAAAUUGUAAGCUUCCGAAACGAUGGGUCUGUAUGGGAAAUAUAUUAUGUUGAAUUAUUUAGUGAUUAUUCUUUUUGUACGUUUUGGCAAUAAAAAUUAGUUUUGUUACAAAUGGGAUGAUGUGCUACCUCAUAUUAUAUUACAAUAUGUUAGACAAGGCAAGAUCAUUGUCUUAUAUAGAUUAGUGCGAAUAAAUGGCGAGAUGAAUGUCAAGUCUACUAAUACUCAUGAAACAUGUAAAACCAACAGUACGUGAUAUUUUAUAAAUGUCAUUUAUACUGACUUUCCACGAAAGGUUUAUGUCAUCUUUUCACCAAGGAAUUUUAAAGAAGUUUCCUUGUUUAUUAGUUUGUUAUUGAUAGGAAACCUAUAUUCUAUUAUCAUUAUUAUUGUUUUCUAAAUUGAUAUAAUCUGUUUUUGUUUUAAAAUUUUUUCAAUAAUUUGUUGACAAGAAAUAAGAAAUGUACUUUAGUUAAUAUUCUUAUGCACGUUUUGGUAUUAAAAUACCUUUUUGACAAGCCAUACAUUGGCUUUUCUCAUACACCAUUUUUCAGUAAAAAAAUGUACAUAUAUUUUGGGUAAAACUUUCUUUCGAUUAUGUAAAAAUGCUUAUUUUUACACUUUAGUUUCCUCCUUUUUAACUAUAAUGUUUUACAUAUCUAUCUUUUUGUGAUUGUAUUUUUGCCAUUUAAAAAAAUUUGUAUUGG